GUGACCCACUGCAGACCAGUUAAAAUAGGCGCCUCCUGGCAUCCCUGCUGGUUCGGGGCGCUGUCUUAGCUUCUCGAAUAGCUGCGCCAUGUGUGCCGCUCGGCUAGCGGCUGCGGCGGCCGCCCAGUCUGUGUACGCCUUCUCGGCGCGUCCGCUGGCCGGCGGGGAGCCUGUGAGCCUGGGUUCCUUGCGGGGCAAGGUGCUGCUUAUCGAGAAUGUGGCGUCCCUCUGAGGCACCACGGUCCGGGACUACACCCAGAUGAACGAGCUGCAGCGGCGCCUCGGGCCCCGGGGCCUGGUGGUGCUCGGCUUCCCGUGCAACCAGUUUGGACAUCAGGAGAACGCCAAGAACGAAGAGAUUUUGAAUUCCCUCAAGUACGUCCGACCUGGUGGUGGGUUCGAGCCCAACUUCAUGCUCUUCGAGAAGUGCGAGGUGAACGGUGCGGGGUCGCACCCUCUCUUUGCCUUCCUGCGGGAGGCCCUGCCAGCGCCCAGCGACGAUGCCACUGCGCUCAUGACCGACCCCAAGCUCAUCACCUGGUCUCCGGUAUGCCGAAAUGAUGUUGCAUGGAACUUUGAGAAGUUCCUGGUGGGCCCUGACGGUGUUCCUGUGCGCAGGUACAGCCGCCGCUUCCAGACCAUUGACAUCGAGCCUGACAUCGAAGCCCUGCUUUCCCAAGGGCCCAGCUGUGCCUAGGGCGCCCCUCCUACCCCGGCUGCCUGGCAGUUGCAGCACUGCUCUCUGGGGGAUUUUCAUCUAUGAGGGUGUUUCCUCUAAACCUACAAGGAGGAACACCUGAUCUUCCAGAAAAUACCCCCUAGAGAAUGGGCGCUGGUCCUGUCCAUCCCAAUCUCUCUGCCAGACCAAGGCUAGUUUCCCCACUAAUAAAGUGCCUGGUGUUAGCAGAA